AUGGCCAUUUAUGACUACGAUAUAAUUUACAGGCCUUCUUCAAAGCUAGGAAACGCUGAUUUCUGCCCCCGUUUCCCAUUUGAACAACAGGUUCCAACAAAAUUUGCCAGGGAAUACGUAAAGAAUCUUAAUUUUACAGAAGAAUUUCCUAUUAACUAUAAGGAAAUUGCCAAAGAAACUGAAAAGGAUGAAUUUUUACAAACGAUAAUGAACUUUCUACGUAAAGGUUGGCCUGAACGUCUAGAACGCCAGUUCAAAGAGGUUUAUUCCCAUCAUUUAGAUCUGGAAGUGGUUGAAGGAUGCAUCUUGUUCAAUGACCGCGUUAUAAUUCCUGAAAGCAUGAAGAGAAGAAUAUUGAAGAUGCUACAUGUAAACCAUGCAGGAAUGACAAAAAUUAAGCAGCUUGCAAGAAGAACUGUAUAUUGGUUCGGAAUGAACAGCGACAUAUCCGAGUAUGUUACAAGUUGCCGGAUUUGUAAGGAAAUAAACGCUGUUCCAUCCAGGGCGAAAUACUCCAAAUGGAUCCCUACAAACAAACCGUUCGCUAGACUACAUGCCGACUUUUUCUUUCUGCAAGGAAAAACGUAUUUGCUGAUAGUAGACAGUCACACAAAGUGGUUAGAGGUAGAGCAGAUGAAAGGGAAAACGGAGGCUUGGGACGUCAUCAAGGUUUUCGUCAAACUUUUUGCUCGUUUCGGGUUUCCGGAGGUGAUCGUGACAGAUGGAGGACCACCUUUUAGUGCCAGAAAAUUCAUAACAUUCCUUGAGGGGCACGACAUACAAGUUUUGAAAAGCCCGCCUUAUCAUCCAGAAAGUAACGGACAAGCAGAGAGGAUGGUCCGGUUAAUAAAGAAUGUUUUGAAGAACUUUUUGUUGGAUCCUGAGAUUAGGGGACUUGAAACGGAUUUACAGCUUCCGUAUUUUCUUUUCAAUUACAGAAAUACUUGUGUGGAUGCGGAAGGAAACUUUCCGUCAGAAAAACUAUUCUCCUUUGAACCUAGAACAUUACUAGAUUUGAUUAAUCCAAAAAUUACUCCUAAGAAACAACUAACAAAAGAGCAUGAGAGCGACAGUAAUACUACUUACAAAAAGGAAAACAAAACUGACGUUUACACUCAACUGAAAAAUGGGGAUGAGAAAAGAAUAAGAAAAUGGUUACCUGCUACGUUUUUAAGACAUCUUUCUGAUACUGUUUUACAGAUUUCCCUCGGUGGCCGGAUCAUAUCCGCCCAUAGGCGCCAAAUCAAACCACCAACAACUUCUCGCCAGCAAACACGAAAACGUGUUGUUUUCCAAGAAGAGAAUUUUGUUGAUCCAAACCACAAUCCAAACCCAGCACCACCACAUGGUAAUGUUUCCAGUACUAAAUUCAACAAAAGGAAGCGAGAUGAAGAGCAGUUUCACGAAAAGGAACCGGAGUCGGAUCCAGAAUAUUAUGGUUUCGCAGCGGAAUCGUGCAUCUACAGAAGCGAGCCCGAUUCGAAGGAAGCAUCGGAAUCGAUAAGAAAAUCAAGAAGAAUGCAUAAGAAACGAAGAAUACAAGAUUUUCAUUAUUAUUAA